AUGAAAUCUACUGAUAAAAAACAAAAGUUAAAUGAUAAUACUGUUAAAUAUCCUCAGUACGAGCUGGGAGACUUUGUUGGCCUUCAAGUCGAUCGUGUUCAUGGCAUCGACACAACAUUUAAAGUUUUACCAUGUAAAGUAACAUCUGUAAAUUGGUCGUCGAAUGAUUCUAUAAUGUACAAAGUGUGUACUUUGCAAGGUGUAUUAUCAACAGUGUAUGGUGUUCACGAUUUCUUGGAUUUACGAAAAUAUGAUUUUACUGAUUUACGUGCUGUCGAACCAACAACUCUACCAACAAUUACAUUUACAGACGCGUGUAAAGAGUACGUGAAAAUAGGUAUAAAUCCUGUAAUGGAGGCUUGCAACUGUAAUGGUAAAUGUGCUACGAAAUCUUGUCCAUGUAAAUCUAAACAUGUUAAAUGUUGUACAAAAUGUCAUCCACAAAAGAAACACAGUUGUGCUAAUAUUUGCGACCAAUAA